AUGUUUAAGAAGAAGAAUACCCAAAAAUUCGUUGUGGUUCACAGAGAUCAUGAUGAUCCAGACUAUUAUAAUGAUAACGAGGCAGAACAUGUUUUUGUACCUGUCGAUGAUUUAAACAAAAAACAUCAAAAAACCAAAAAGAAAUCUUUUGCGUCUGCCUCUGAGGAUAAAAAUAUUGCUUCCAAUAAAAUUGCUGUAUCUCACGAACCUGGAAAGGCUGCAUUAUAUGGGAUUUCCUUUGACGAUUCUAAGUAUGAUUAUAUGCAGCAUUUAAAGCCAAUUGGUCAGAAUCCAAAUGCCGUUUUUAUCCCUGCUAAAUUUGGUAGAAAUAAUAAAAAUAAUAAACAAUACUUAAGACAUCAACAAAAUAUUGAAGAUGCAAUUAGUGGAUUUAAACCUGAUUUAAACCCUGAUUUAAGAGAAGUCUUAGAAGCUUUGGAAGAUGAAGCUUAUGUAGUCAAUGAUGAUGUCAAAAUGACUAAACGUGAUGAUAAAGGCAAGAGUUCCUCAACUGCUGAAAAAUCCAUCGAGAGUAAUGAAGCAGAUUAUUUAGAUGAAGAGGAUGAUAUAUUUGCUGAGUUAUUGGAAGGAGGUGCAGCAGAUGAAGAUGAACAGGAUUAUUUAUAUGAUAAUGACGGAUCCAAUUUCUAUCGUCAAGAUGAAUGGGAUAUUGAGGAUGAAAUGAAUAAUUAUGAAAAUGAUCAUUACUUAAAUGAAGAAAAUUCAGAGAUCUUAGGCCAAGUCAAUCAAUUGGAUGAUUUACAUAUGAUCGAUUAUCAAAAUGAUGUCAGAAGAUUUCAAGAAGAACAAAAGAAAAAUAAAUAUAAAGAUUAUGUUGAAUCAGAUAAUGAGUUUUUAUCAGAGGAUGAAGAUGGAUUUGGAAAUGGGAUUAAUGAAGAAAAUGACACUUUGGGCGAUCUACCUUCUAUAAAUAACAGAAAACUUAAGUCAGGUAAAAACAAACGUAAACAACGUCACAAGAAAGGUGCCAUGUCUGACAUAUCUGGAUUCUCUAUGAGUUCCAGUGCAAUUGCUAGAACGGAAACCAUGACUGUGUUGGAUGAUAGGUAUGAUAACAUUAUUGAUGGUUACGAAAACUACCAGGAAGAACAAGAAAAAGAUGAAGAAAAUUAUAAACCAUUUAAUAUGGCAGAAGAAAGGUCAGAUUUCGAAUCCAUGUUAGAUGAUUUCUUAGAUAAUUAUGAAUUAGAUAUUAGUGGACGUAAACUGGUUAAAAAGGAUCCAGAAUUACAAAAGUAUAAAGAUGCAGCAGAUAAAGUUUCUAAAGGCAAGUUAUCAAUGAAGAGAAAUCGUGAAAAGCAACAACAACAAAAUAAAGAAAUAAACAGUAUUUCAAAUAGUUUAAGUAGUCUGAAAUUUUAA